AUGACUUCCGUACUUCGAUCAACAGUUGAUAGGCUAGACCGUCCCAGCGCAUAUUAUAAUAGUCGGAAUAAAAAGAGACGAACUGACCAUGGCCGAGAUAAUAAAGAUGGAGAAGCCGAAGUGAAUGUUCCGGUGGAAGAGUCUUUAGAAGAUCCUCUUAGGAAUGCCACGACUCUCUACGUCGGAAAUCUUUCUUUCUACACGACCGAAGAACAAGUCUAUGAACUCUUCUCGAAGUGCGGUGAGAUCAAGCGUCUAGUCAUGGGACUAGAUCGAUUCAACAAGACUCCCUGCGGCUUUUGUUUUGUAGAGUACUACACUCACCAGGAUGCGCUCGACUGCAUGAAAUAUAUAGGUGGCACCAAGCUCGAUGAACGCAUCAUCCGAACUGAUCUGGAUCCUGGUUUCGAGGAAGGCCGCCAGUACGGCCGAGGCAAGUCCGGCGGCCAAGUGCGGGACGAGUACAGAGAUGACUACGACGAGGGAAGAGGUGGUUUAGGCAGAGCAAUCCAAACAGACCGAGAGCGCGAGGGACAACGAAAUAGAGAACGGGAUCAACACAUGGAAGAUGACUACGGGCGCCUAAGAUAA